GGAGGACGCGUCCUGCGGGAGCGGCCUAGCCUUGGAGUGCUCGCCGGGAGCUGUAGUCCCCGGAGCCGGAAGUGGGGGUGGCCGGGAUAGAAGCUGCCGCCCAGGCGGCAGUCCCUCCCGCUGCCGCCGCCCGGGUGUAGCGCAUCACCCGGAGCCCACCGGCCGCAGGUGCCUCCUCCGGCCCCAGGGGGCCCCGGGAGCCCUGAAGGGCGAAGCGGCAGGGACGCCUCUCUUGGGCGAAGAGGCGGCCUCACCGCCCCGGAUGCGGCCGGAGGGCGCGGGAAUGGAGCUCAGAGGCGGCGAGGAGCGCCUGCCUGAGGAGAGCAGGAGGGAGCACUGGCAGUUGCUGGGUAAUUUGAAGACGACGGUGGAGGGUUUGGUAUCAACCAACAGCCCCAACGUCUGGUCUAAGUAUGGUGGCUUGGAGCGGCUUUGCAGGGACAUGCAGAGCAUCCUCUAUCACGGGCUUAUCCGUGACCAGGCGUGCCACCGCCAGACUGAUUACUGGCAGUUCGUGAAAGACAUCCGGUGGCUCAGUCCCCACUCAGCCCUUCACGUGGAGAAGUUCAUCAGCGUGCACGAGAACGACCAGAGCAGUGCCGAUGGUGCCAGUGAACAUGCUGUUGCCGAGCUGUGGCUGCAGCACAGCCUGCAGUACCACUGCCUCUCAGCCCAGCUCCGGCCCCUGCUCGGGGAUAGACAGUAUAUCAGAAAAUUCUACACAGAUGCUGCCUUCCUGCUAAGUGACGCUCACGUCACAGCCAUGCUGCAGUGCCUGGAAGCAGUGGAACAGAACAACCCCCGCCUCCUGGCUCAGAUCGACGCGUCCAUGUUUGCCAGAAAGCACGAGAGCCCGCUGCUGGUGACAAAGAGCCAGAGCCUGACAGCCCUGCCCAGUUCCACAUACACCCCUCCAAACAGCUAUGCUCAGCAUUCCUACUUUGGGUCCUUCUCUAGCCUCCAACAAUCCGUGCCCAACAAUGGCUCAGAGAGAAGAUCUACUUCCUUUUCACUCUCUGGCCCUCCCCGGAAACCUCAAGAAAGCAGAGGGCGCGUCUCACCAGCAGAGGAUCAAACCAUCCAAGCCCCCCCAGUUUCAGUCUCUGCACUAGCCAGGGAUUCCCCUUUGACCCCAAAUGAAAUGAGCUCCAGUACUCUGACCAGCCCCAUAGAGGCAUCCUGGGUCAGCAGCCAGAAUGAUUCCCCAGAUGAUGCCAGUGAGGGGCCUGAGUACCUGGCCAUUGGCAACUUGGACCCCCGAGGCCGGACUGCCAGCUGUCAGAGUCACAGCAGCAAUGCCGAGAGCAGCAGUUCCAAUUUGUUCUCCUCCAGCAGCUCCCAGAAGCCAGAUUCUGCUGCCUCUUCCUUAGGGGACCAGGAAGGAGGUGGGGAGAGCCAGCUGUCCAGUGUCCUCCGCAGGUCCAGCUUCUCAGAGGGGCAGACACUCACCGUCACCAGUGGGGCAAAGAAAAGCCAUAUUCGCUCCCAUUCGGAUACCAGCAUUGCCUCCAGAGGAGCUCCAGAAUCCUGCAAUGAUAAGGCGAAGUUGAGAGGCCCUUUGCCCUACUCUGGUCAAAGCAGUGAAGUCAGCACACCCAGCUCUCUGUACAUGGAAUAUGAAGGUGGUCGGUACCUGUGCUCAGGGGAAGGCAUGUUCCGAAGACCAUCAGAAGGACAGUCCCUCAUCAGCUACCUCUCUGAGCAAGACUUCGGCAGCUGUGCCGACCUGGAAAAGGAGAAUGCCCACUUCAGCAUCUCAGAGUCCUUAAUUGCUGCCAUCGAGCUAAUGAAGUGCAACAUGAUGAGCCAGUGCCUAGAGGAGGAGGAAGUGGAAGAGGAAGACAGUGAUAGAGAGAUCCAGGAGCUGAAGCAGAAGAUCCGCCUUCGGCGCCAGCAAAUCCGCACCAAGAACCUGCUCCCCAUGUACCAGGAGGCUGAGCACGGAAGCUUUCGGGUCACCUCCAGCAGCUCCCAGUUCAGCUCACGUGAUUCGGCACAGCUCUCUGACUCUGGCUCUGCUGAUGAGGUUGAUGAAUUUGAAAUCCAAGAUGGUAGCGAAGGAUCUAACCUGACUCACAUAUCAAAGAACGGACUGUCAGUGUCACUGGCCUCGAUGUUCUCAGAUGCUGACAUCAGAAGGAACACAGCCUCAAGCAGCAAAUCCUUCGUUUCCUCCCAGUCCUUCUCCCACUGCUUCCUGCACUCCACGUCUGCUGAGGCGGUGGCCAUGGGGCUCCUGAAGCAGUUUGAGGGGAUGCAGCUUCCAGCCGCCUCGGAGCUGGAGUGGCUUGUCCCGGAGCAUGAUGCCCCUCAGAAGCUCCUGCCCAUUCCUGACUCACUGCCCAUCUCACCGGAUGACGGGCAGCACGCUGACAUCUACAAGCUGCGGAUUCGUGUUCGUGGCAACUUGGAGUGGGCCCCCCCCCGGCCUCAGAUAAUUUUUAAUGUUCAUCCAGCCCCAACGAGGAAGAUUGCCGUGGCCAAGCAGAAUUACCGCUGUGCAGGAUGUGGCAUCCGGACUGACCCUGAUUAUAUCAAGCGACUGCGGUACUGUGAGUACCUGGGCAAGUACUUCUGCCAGUGCUGCCACGAGAAUGCCCAGAUGGCCAUCCCCAGCCGGGUUCUGCGCAAGUGGGACUUCAGCAAGUACUACGUCAGCAACUUCUCCAAGGACCUGCUCAUUAAGAUCUGGAAUGAUCCUCUCUUCAACGUGCAGGACAUAAACAGUGCCCUCUAUAGGAAGGUCAAGCUGCUCAAUCAAGUCCGGCUGCUGCGGGUCCAGCUGUGUCACAUGAAGAACAUGUUCAAGACUUGCCGACUGGCCAAGGAGCUUCUGGAUGCCUUCGACACAGUCCCAGGCCACCUGACAGAGGAUCUCCAUCUGUACUCACUGAAUGACCUGACUGCGACCAGGAAGGGGGAGCUGGGGCCCCGGCUUGCUGAGCUCACCAGGGCAGGGGCUGCCCAUGUGGAGAGAUGCAUGCUCUGCCAAGCCAAAGGCUUCAUCUGUGAAUUCUGUCAGAAUGAGGAUGAUGUCAUCUUUCCCUUUGAGCUCCAUAAGUGCCGGACCUGUGAAGAGUGUAAAGCGUGUUACCAUAAAGCCUGCUUCAAGUCUGGAAGCUGUCCGCGCUGCGAGCGGCUGCACGCCCGGCGGGAGGCACUGGCCAGGCAGAGCCUGGAGUCUUACCUGUCGGACUACGAGGAGGAGCCCGCGGAAGCGCUGGCCCUGGAAGCCGCCGUCCUGGAGGCCACCUGAAGAAAGCACGUGCAGCCCUCCCUCCGGGCCGGGUCACACCUGUUGCAGAACUGAGCCACUCUUUGAAGGACUCGCCCCACCUGGGGCUUCUUUUUUUUUUUUUUUUUUUUUUUUACUGACUUGUCUGACGUCUGUGUGCAGUCAGCCGUCGGCAGGUUGAUGGGUCCAGAGUCUGUGGUGACAGAUAAUUUGUAAACACCAGGUGUUUUCAUCAGAACUGACAUGCGGGUCCUUCAGUGAAGCUUCUAGUGCCUCUGUCAGUGGAAGAGACAGCAAGACCAAGUUCUUCCAGCGUCUGUGGCCUUCUCCUCUAGGUUUCACCUGCAUGUCAGGUAUCAUUUCCAAUUUUCCUUUGUUUCAGUUCUGGAGCUUCUGAGCCAGGCCUUUCUCAACCACCUCUCCUCCUGCUGCUGAAACGGGGAUGGCGUUUUCCCUCUCCCUGUCCUGGACUGGGGUCAGACUGUGCCCCGAGGAGAAGCAGCAGAGAAUAGGACUACAUCAUGGGCAUUUCGUCCACUUAUUUGGGUAUUUUGGGGGCCACAGAACAAUCAUGACUAUCCUGGACUCCUCAGAGACCUCAGAGGCAGCUGUGAAUGUCCCUGUGUUGCUGGGAUUUCCUGUUUGAAAUAUUUGAAGCAUAGAUGAUGCCACAGGCUGACUUUCUUCAUCUACCCUGGUGAUCUUGAAGCAAAGAACAGAACUGAUGCUUAGGCCAGGCUCACCUGUAGCCUUACGCCGCAAGCAUACGUGAGGCGACAGCUCUGUCGCUGAAGGAGCGCUUACUCGGAGGAGCGGUCGGCCCCCUCUUGGUGUUAAGGUCUCUUAGUUAACCGGGCUUUUUGGUGCAGGUGUGAUCUUUGAAGCUCAGGCAGGUCCCUGAUGCCAUCCUAAGGUGAGGACAGGAACCUCACCCACCAUCUUCUUAGCGUGUCCCUGAUGACUCUGUCCUCUGUUAGAUGGUCAUUGUGCUUCUGAGUAAAAGUACAACCCGACUCCAUUCUCUCCCCUUCCUGCAGCAGAGCUGGGUCCUUCCCUGGUGGCCGAGUCUCUCUUGCCUUAGCUUCUUUGGUCAAAGUUGGAGAAAAGCUUCCUGCUAUUAGUGCUGUUACAGAACUUGACGGUUUGUGGAUGUGAGUGUGAAUGUCCCUGUGUUCUUGGGGUAACAAGAGCCUUUAUGCCAAUUAUGCACUUAACUCUGUGUAGCCUGGUAAUGUUUAUCUGUUCAUUUGAUAAUGCUGAUUUUAGUGUGCUGCCCCCCUCCCCCCGUUAAUGUGUGUGUUGACAGCGAAGUCCUUUUGAUAAUGCUGAUUUUGGUGUGCUGCCUCCCCCUCCACCCCCCCGUUAAUGUGUGUUGAUGGUGAAGUCCUUUUGAUAAUGCUGAUUUUGGUGUGCUGCCUCCCCUCUCCCCCCCGUUAAUGUGUGUGUUGACGGUGAAGUCCUUGGGUGGGGCCAUGUGUGUGUUUGUGAUGUUCCUUAAGUUGAUGCAGCUUCUAACCUCUGUGAAAACACUGGUCAGAGUGGCUUCUCCAAGAGCUGGCAGCUCUGUGAACUAAAGCUUGCAUCAUUUUUGUUCUGGGAUUGAAUUCUGCCCAUGGGCUUGUCUUCUCAUAGUUGCUUGCUGGUAGGAAAGAAAUGUGCGUGGGUGCUGCCCCGGAAGCUGAACGGAAAGUUGCCUGUGGUUGGUGGAAGCUGAUGAGAGCUUGAGCUGGCGGUAAGAAGGAGUCUCCCAGGGAAGUGGGAGAGGCAUUAAGGUGAUGGCCAGGGCUGAGGCUCCACCAGCGUGAGAGGGAACAUGUGGGAACUGGCCCCUGCCCUUGAUUCCUCUGCCUCAAAGUUGGGAUCUGAAAGCCAUGUAGGGCUAGAAGACCCUGAGGCUGUUCUUCCUUCUGUUCAUAGUGAGACUCAAAAAGCCAAGUCCCAGAAGUUCUGAAGCGCUGUGACUAGAAGUGCCCAGGUCCUUCAGGGAGCUUUAAGAAUGACCCCACAGAACUCAAGUUUAACUAGGGGUUAGGUCCCAGAUUCAGACCCAGGAGUUUAUAAAAAUGAGCUCUACUUCCAGUUUUGGUUUAAAUUACACAUCCAGGCCAGGCACGGUGGCUCACGCCUGUAAUCCCAGCACUUUGGGAGGCCGAUGCGGGCGGAUCAUGAGGUCAGGAGUUUGAGACCAGCCUGGCCAAUGUGGUGAAACCCUGUCUCUUCCAAAAAUACAAAAAUUAGCUGGGCGUGGUGGCACACGCCUGUAAUCCCAGCUACUUGGGAGGCUGAGGCAGGAGAAUCGCUUGAACCUGGGAGGCAGAGGUUGCAGUGAGCCGAGAUUGUGCCACCGCACUCCAGCCUGGGUGACAGAGUGAGACUCCGUCUCAAAAAACAAAAAGGUGACACAUCCAGCUCUUUCUCCAGGUCACUGCGCUGGAGGACAGAUGUGCUGUCUUGUCCUGCCUGUUUCACAUCAGCAUAGGAUCAAAGGAUGACAAUGCUGACAGCUUCUGAAGCCGAACUCAACAGUCUCAUAGGCUCCUCACUUGUCACUUAUUUUUCCCCAGCUCCCUCAACCGCACCCCAUCCCUUUAGAUCGUGCGUCUGUUUUAGUGACUCUGACACGAUGCCGUCAUCACCGUCCAAAUACCCAGUUAUUUAUUCAAGAGGGGGGAAGUGGGUAGAGGAUGGGAUGUUUUGGAAGCACUUUGCAACUUACCACUAUCUGAAAAUCCCCUGCUGUUGCGGGGAGAAGCUUUGAAUGCACUGAAGAGAAAUCCUUCUAAAUGAAGGCAGGUGAUAGUGUUCUUUCUGUAAGUAAAGGAAAAGAAAAAAAACAUAGUUUGCUUACCAGGUGGAGACAAGAUUCAAGACAUAGCAGAAGAGUGGAAGACAAAUAUUUUCCACUUAAAUGAGGCUGUUUUUGAUGUUCUCUGCCAAGGAUUUAGAGCUUUCGUUGAAUUAACAUAAAAGGAGUGCGAGUCUUAGUAGAGAUGUCCCGUGUGUGCAGCCCGUGCUCUGAACUGCGUUUCCACCUGCCGUGGUGCUUGUGCAGCCUGGCAGUUCAUUGUCAUCUUUAAUAAACUAAGGAAAUAAAAUUCUGUCUUUUGUCA